AUGUCUCCCUUUUCCAAAUCUUCGUCUAAAUACUCUCGAACAGGAUGCACUCCUGAUCAGGCAGAGGCUAUCGUUGAUCUGCGCCCUUUCGAAUCGAUUGACGAUCUCAACACUAAGCUUGGACAGGGGAAGAAGAAGGCUGGUCCAGGUGGUCUUAGUCCUAAACUAUUCGAGGAUUGCAAAACAAUAUUGAAAGGCUAUGGGCAAGUCGAUGCUGUCCUCGAGGAUUGCGAACGGAUAGGUGCUGGUCUUAGAGCUGCCAUCGCCACAUGGACGACAUCAGGGAAAGGGAAAGACAAGGCAGACUCUUCUGAAAAUGGGGAAACCGAUGGGGCUUUGAGCCUCUUGAAGGAAUACCAACUGCUAGGCGUGAAUUGGCUCAAUUUGCUUUACCGCCGUAAACUCAGCUGCAUUCUGGCAGACGAGAUGGGUCUUGGAAAAACUAUCCAAGUCAUCAGUUUCCUUGCGUCCAUGAAGGAACAAGGGAAUAAAGGGCCUCAUCUCAUAGUGGUACCUUCAUCAACUCUGGAGAACUGGUGUCGAGAGUUUGCCCGAUUUGCCCCAUCAAUAUCUGUUCAAACCUAUUAUGCUGGGAAAGAAGAGCGAUCCAUGCUCCGCCAGACAUUGACGGAUACCCAGCGGUUGGGCUGGGAAGUUCUCAUUACAACUUACAACUUGGCCCAAGGGGACGAUCGCGACCGGAAAUUCUUCCGCAGGAUAGAUUGGAAUUGCUGCAUCUAUGAUGAAGGUCAUGUUUUGAAAAACUUUCAGUCGCAACGAUAUCAGUCAUUAUUGAAGUUUGGAUCCAAUUGGAGACUUCUCCUCACGGGAACACCUUUGCAGAACAACCUGCAAGAACUUGUUUCGCUGAUGAAUUUCAUCCUGCCUGAUCAAUUCGCUACUGCAUUGGGCGAUCUCAGGGCCAUUUUCAAGGUCAAAGGAGACUCAACGGUUUCUUUGCUUUCGCAAGAGCGAAUCUCGCGGGCCAAGAAAAUGAUGACACCUUUUGUUCUCCGGCGGCGCAAGGAUCAGGUGCUGAAAGACCUUCCUAACAAGACGGAAAGAAUUGAAUGGUGCGACAUGACGGAACUUCAGAGGUCCAUCUAUACGGACGCACUUCAACGGUCGCGAAAGACACUCCUCGACGCACCCACACCUGCUGACACCGUCUAUCUCGAGAACAGCUCGAAUGUUCUGAUGGAUCUGCGCAAGGCAGCUUCGCACCCUAUGUUGUUCCGCACGCGGUUUACCGACGAUGUGUUGAGCGGUAUAACUCGCCAGCUCCUCAAAGAGCCGGAUUUUAAGAAGCGUGGAGCGUUGUUUGAUUUGGUGAAGGAAGACAUGUCGGUUAUGACGGAUGCUGAGCUUCAGAUCUUUUGCGCGUCGUACAAGUCUACGCGAAAGUACCUACAGGACGAGAAUUGUUAUCUCGAUGCGGGGAAGGUCCAAACACUCCUCAAGCUUCUGUCUACGUACGAUAGGGAGGGUAGGAAGGUUCUAAUAUUCUCUCAGUUCACUCAAAUCCUGGACAUCCUUCAAGCAGUGUUGAACAACAACAAGAUCAAGUACCUCAUUCUCACAGGUAGUACGCCUGUUGAUGUUCGACAAACGCUGGUGGAUGAGUUUACGGAGGACGAGACCAUUCCUGUCUUCCUACUGUCGACUAAAGCUGGGGGGAUGGGGAUAAAUUUGACUGCUGCAUCUGUUGUAGUCAUGUUCGACCAGGAUUUCAACCCCCACAACGACCGUCAAGCCCAAGAUCGCGCAUACCGGAUAGGUCAAAAGCGGGACGUAGACGUCGUCAAGCUCAUUUCACGAGGCACUAUUGAGGAGGACAUGCUAAAGCUCGGCCAGACUAAGCUGGCACUGGACGAAGCCGUUGCGGGGGAUAACGGUGAAGAUAAUGACGAAAGUGCCCCUGAGAAGGCCAUGAAAACUUCAUUGAUGAAUGUGCUGAGGCGGCAAUUUGAAAAGCAGCAGGAGGAUGGUGGAAAUGGAACAUCGGUUGGAGGGACGUAG